AUGCUGUUCAUAGACUUCAGUUCAGCAUUCAACACCAUAAUCCCACAACAACUCAUCUGUAAACUAGACCAGCUGGGGCUCAACACCUCCCUUUGCAACUGGCUGCUGGACUUCCUCAGUGAGAGGCCACAAGCAGUACGAGUCAGCACUAACACCUCAGGCAGCAUCACACUCAGCACAGGGGCCCCCCAAGGCUGUGUGCUCAGACCCCUGCUCUUCACCCUGCUGACUCAUGUCUGCACACCAACCUACAGCACUAAUCGCAUGGUGAAGUUUGCGGACAACACAACUCUGGUGGGUCUCAUCACCAAGGACAACGAGACCCACUACAGGAAGGAGGUCAACCAUCUAACCACGUGGUGCAGAGACAACAACCUCCUGCUGAACGUCAGCAAGACCAAGGAGAUUGUUGUUGAUUUCCGGAGAGGCUGGGUGGUUGUACACUUCACCUUAAAGGUGAGCAGUGGAUAUAAUAUUACUCGGGAACCAAUUGCUGAUUUCACACCAGCGGAAGAGCUCACCCUGACAGACUCUGUCCAACCCACAGAAACCGCCCUCUUCAUACAAGUGUCAGGUGACACACUGACCCUUCUGGAGCCACCGGAAGAUGAUCCGGGUGAAGGCACAUCUGCAGCAGGGGAUGCAGCAGAUGAGGAGGAGACACUUUCUCUGGACUCUAGAAGGUUUGAGGACACAGAUGAACAGCCUGACAGCCUGCCUGGAAAUGUAUGGGGUUGGCUGGUGUUUGCUUUGGAGUGGUGUGUGCUUGUGUGUAACCACAAUGCCAGAGGUGACCAGUGGAAGAGCAGUUUCAUCACCAGCCCUCAACUCAUACAAGCUAUCAUGGCAAACGGGUUUCGAACACCUCUUGGCACGUGGGUGGUGAGCGGAUUGCACGGCCUCCCCCUGUGGCUGUACGGGUGCCAGUGGGGUUUACUCACUCACUGGCUGUUUGUACCUCCGUGGAUCCAGGCUCUGGGGACCCUGCUGCUGGCUGCAGGCCGCCUGCUGGCUCUAUCAGUGGAGAUAUGGUGCAUAUGGACACACAUUGAAUACCUCACCAAUGAGGAGACACAGGAGGAAAAGAAUUGAAAGGCACUCAGCACAGUCAACUUCUUCUGUACAUCUACGCUGCACAGAUGACCCAGCUGCUAAGGGAUGGGACCCACCCAGAAUGGUUAACACAGGGCAGGACAGACCUCCAGAGAGUAAGGCAAGUCCUGAGAAGUCAGCUGAAUGGUCAGAACAAGGUCCAAGCCAUCAACAUGUACACACUGCCAGUCAUUAGAUACCCAGCUGGGAUCAUGAGCUGGCCAAAGUAGGAGAUAGAAGCCACCGAUAUCAAGACAAGAAAGCUCCUCACCAUAGGCCCGUUUCCACCGCAGGAACUUCAAGGUAAUUUUAUGGGGCCGGGGCCGGGGCCGUUGGUGCGUGUCUCCACGGCAGGAACCACCCCUGAAGGACAGUGUUCCGGAAAUUUUACAGGGGCUAAACAAGUCCCUGCCUCAUAGUAGGUACUCAGAACGUCCCAUGAUAGUAGUGGUAUCACAUGAUAGUAGUGGUGUUUGAGUGAGUCAUAUCUGAUAUUUACAUCUGAACACAUUAUACAUUAGAAAAUACUUGUUGAAAACAUGUGAGAUGCUAGGAACUGUCUAGCUCUGAAUUGUGGAGUUAAACCAUUGUUUUUCAACAUUUGUGUCCAGCAUUUUUUGGGAGGGGUUAACAGCCUGCUCGAUGAUGCAGUGGAGCAAGCCUUAGCAUAAGGCCCCUACACUAUGUAGCCGUUGAGUUUUCUAGUUGUAAAACUCUUGUUUGUUAAUAACAUUUGUUUGUCCAUGUUUGUUUCACUGGGUUGUAAAUAAAUUCUGGUUUAAGGUGUAAAUACAAGAAAAACUGCA